AUGAUUGUCGCCACCGACUACUUUACUAAAUGGAUCGAGGCAGAAGCUCUAUCCUCUAUUAAAGAAGCCGAUGUGGAGCGAUUCAUCUGGAGAAACAUCAUCUGCCGGUUUGGCUGCCCACAAUCGCUGGCCACUGACAAAAGCUCACAAUCCAUUGGCAGACAGAUCACCACAAAUCAGUCGCCCAUAAGCAGCAUCCUAAGGGAGACGCAGGGCGACGACCAAAGCGUCCUUCGGGAGACGCAGCCCGUAAGAAGCGUCCUAAGGGAGACGCAAGGGAGGCAGGAUAGACACGCAGUUGCCCAUAAGCAGCGUCCUAAGGGAGACGCAGGGCGACGACCAAAGCGUCCUUCGGGAGACGCAGCCCGUAAAAAGCGUCCUAAGGGAGACGCAGGGUGCGCUAGGAAUUUCUUAAAAGAAGGUCUCCAUGCCUUCUGCGGGAAGUAUCCAGGUUCCUAUCCGUUUCCUAAGGGAGGCAGGAUAGACACACAGUUGCCCAUAAGCAGCGUCCUUCCGGAGACGCAGGGCGACGACCAAGCCAUCCUAAGGGAUGUGCAGCACACGCCCGGAGCCUCUUAA